AUGCCACCCAAACCAAUCCCAUUCCCAGGCUUCACCCCUCUAUCAGAUCGCAUCUACCUUCGCAAUGCCACAAACACCAACCCCCCACCGCUCUCCCACCCAACAACAAUCAUAAUCUUCGGCUGGGGCGACGGCAUGCCCAAACAUGUCUCCAAAUACGCCGACGGCUUCGCCGACCUCUACCCUUCAACCCGAAUCCUAGUCGCAAUCUCCAAAACCCUCCAAGCCUCCAACCAACCCCUCCCCGAGCGCGUCAGCGCAAUGAUGCCCAUAAUCGACACCGUCUUCCCCACACCAACCGGCGACGGCGGCAACAGUCCCAAAGAACGUGUCCUGAUGCACGCCAUGUCCAACACAGGCGGAAUCUUCAUCGCCGCAGCGAUGGUCGCAUACCAAGAGCGCCACGGGAAAGACAAAACCCUCCCACACAAGCUACUCGUCUGCGACUCCACGCCCGGCGGGCUGGUAUUCUCCGCACAGGUAGGCCGGUGGUCUCGGGCUAUGGCGGUGGGAACGGCGAAGAUGUUUCCGUGGCCGUUUAUCGUGACGCAGGCGCUUUGGUGGGUGUUUUUGUGGGGGAAUUAUCUAUUGGAGAGGGUGAGGGGGUCGGAGCCGUCGGGGGUGUGGGCGAAUCGGAUUAUGAAUGAGGAGGGGGUUACUAGUCGGGAUAGUUGGAGGUUGUAUUUGUAUUCGAAGGAGGAUGAGAUUAUUGGGUAUGAGGAUUUGGAGGAGAAUGUUGCUGGUGUUAAGAGGUUGGGGUAUCGGGGUGUUGAGACUGAAUUAUUUGAGGGGUCGCCGCAUGUUGGGCAUAUGAGGUUGCAUUCGGAGCAGUAUUGGAGUAGGAUUAAGGCGUGUUGGGAUGCUGCGAUUGCUGCGGAGUAG